GAAACACUGAGCACACUGAUUGCAAACACGGAAAUACACAGUGAGCCUAGUUCCAUCUUUUAUUGCGUGCAAUUUCAGCAUCUGUUAUUAUAAGCAGACAUUGCUCGUAAAAUACAUAACCGGGUAGUGUGUUAGACUUUAUUUUCUCUCGUUCUAUGGAUGUCUUGCAGCUUCUGUCAUGGGCCUGCAUCGUGUUCACAAUCGGGAUGUUCUCGACUGGACUGACCGACCUGAAGAAGAUGAGAGAAUCCAAAAGUGCAGACAAUAUCCAGUUUCUGCCCUUCCUCACCACAUGUCUUAAUAACAUGGGCUGGUUGUAUUAUGGGAUUCUGAAAAGAGAUCACACGAUCGUCCUGGUCAACGUUAUUGGAGCUCUACUCCAGAUCCUCUACAUCAUCAUAUACCUGCACUACACAAAACAAAAGAGGCGUGUGACGUCCCAGACCAUAGCAGCAGGGAUGGUGUUGACGUGCGGUUGGUUCUACUUCACCACGUUUCUUCCUGAGGGAGACACAAGGCUCAACCAGCUCGGCCUCACCUGCAGCGUGGUCACCGUCACCAUGUACCUGUCCCCACUCACCGACCUGGUAGAGAUAGUUCGUAGCGGUGAUGUGCAGCGCUUGUCCUUCCCUCUGACUGUCGCCACCUUCUUCACUUCAACUUCCUGGGUCCUGUACGGCCUCCAGCUAAACGACCAGUACAUCGUGGUUCCAAACACGCCUGGGAUCGUCACCAGCCUCAUCAGAUUUUAUCUGUUUUGGAGAUUUGCAUCUGUCAAUCAAAGCUCCCCUGCCUAUAAGUCUAUGCAGAUAUGAGGAUUUGAGAGGGGAAGUUAUGAAAACGAAAAGACAGAUCUGUUGACUCCAUGGAGGGUUGCAGCAAAGAUCUCCCAUCACUUGUCUUGUCAUUGCUAAUCCUACGGAGAGACGGUGUCGUCAUUGGGCGACAACACUGGUGAAGCGGAGAUUAUGUCGUGUCUUUGUGUUUAAUUUCAAGGGGAGGUAUAUCGGUUACUCAAAAAAUUAGGGGUUUUUUGUCUGCAGCUAUUUGUUAAACCUGUGUCUCCUCUCCGUGUCCUUCAAGUGCCUUCUGUGAGCUCCUGUUUGCCAUUAAAGAUGAAUGGCAUUUACUGAUCUACCAACAUGUCAGGAGACUUGCAGUCUGUUUACAAUCCAGUGAAUGUGAUUGAAUCUUCCUCACCUCAUAUUCAUAGCCAAAGAUGUUGUGCAGUUGUAACUUGCCGGCUGCUAUUUUAAUACCACAUAUAGUGCUCUGUUAACUUGGUACUCGUGCACUGAAUAAUGUUGUAUAUAGUUUCCUAUUUCCCCCCUGGUGAGGCAGUGAUGAUUUCAUAUCCUUUUAGAGUUUGGUACUCUCGCUUUUUUUUCACCGUGCAGACAGAAUAGUGAGUCAUAUCAGUGGUGGUAAGUUAUAUUGGUUUCAAAUUGUUUUCUGUUAUAUAUUUUAGGUCAGAGUCUUUUUGAUACAUAAAAUGUAUGUCCAAGAUCAGAUAUAGUCUUAUAUUGUUAAUGCUAUUUUUUAUAAGCAAUUGUAUAACAGAUAAAAAUAAAUAACACCAUAGGCUUUGUUCACAAGAAUGAAGAAUGUUUAUUUGGCUGGUUAUCAUGGGUAAUGGAGCCUCGCUUGUCUCAUUAUUAUCUGUAAUGAGGACAUGUUAUGCAAAUGAAACAGCCGAGUGUCAGUGCUGAUUCACUCACUUCUAAAGUUUGUAAGAUGUUUAAAGGUUCAAUGUGUAAAAUAUGCCAUAAUUUAAACUUGAAACAUUAAAACAAUGAACUAACAGUA